CCGCAGCCGCUCCGCGCGGCGCCGGGGGUGGUGCUUUUUUCGAAGCGAGCGUUCGCACGUCGGUGGCCGGCGGGGGCUUUCUGUUCCCGCGUAAGGCGUGCCUCGGCGCGGGCUGGGCGGCGCGGCGGGGCUGCGGUGUGCGGCAUCCAGACAAUGUCAGCUCGGGGGAGCGAGCGAGCGAGUCCCCACCCUGCGGAGCUGCGGGCGGACGGUUCCCCCCGCGCGGCGCUGCCGAGCCCGGCCGCUCGGAUCCUUUCUCCCGGCGCAGGAGGGAGCGAGCGGUCGGGGUUCGUCGCGGCGCCGCGGGGCUUUUUUGUUCGUUUGGUUGCUCGCUUCAAAUCCUGGGUCUAUUAGUCCUACUAGCUGUAGGGCUUAGCGAAGGCAGGCUGGCGUGCGGAAGGCGAGGCUGUUGUCCUCGUGAAGAUGUGCGUGUAUUUGUAUGUGUUCAUAUAGACAUGUAUCCGCACACUUAAUUGCGUCUGGGCGAUCAUUGGUGCUGGGAGGGGAAGGAGUGUCUGCGUACGUGUGUGUCACGUGAGCCUGACACAGGUAUGCUGCUUUUCUCCCGCAUUCCUGUUAACCGUCUUAAGAAGCCGGUGAUCGAGCUGUCAAUGUUUUGGAUGUGUUGUCUUUUGAGGCAGAGAUAGCCACUUAAGUGGUUGGGUGUUGUCAUACCAUUUUAUUUCAUCAGUUUUACUAGUAUUGUGGCCUUUUUUUUUUUUUAACCUGACUAUACGUACUGAGAAGGGAAAAAACCUGUCAGUAUGUGUAGUGUCUCUUCUGCUGGAGGGGUAGAAGUGUGCUGUUUGGAGCAGUAUUCACACAGCUACCACAUCUGGGUUGUCAUUCACACGGUGGAGGAAUGGAACUACUAUCUGUGGGACUGAAGAAUCACACCCACACGUAGCUCCAUGCUAACCAGAAAGGACUCUUCUCAUCUGUUCCCUGUCACUCCUCUGUCCUCUGAUCAGGGAUGCAAUUACUUAUUAAACUCCAUUGAGAUAAAAGAUGAGUUUAGAUGUUUAUUGAUAACAUAUCUAAGCCAGCAAACCUUAUAUUUUACUAUCUGUUUAAUCAGCUUUUCUCUGCUAAGAAAUUUCUUAUAAAAACAGACAAACAGAAAAAUCACUAGCUAAAUCAUCUUCGGAAACAAAUGUAAGUUCUGGGAACGCAUUAAACAGUAAGAUUUAAAGACGUGGAUGUAUCUGUAUUUAAUAUGCUUAUACCCUUGGGUGGGUGUGGCAGAUAGCAGAAUACAGAGCUGAUAUAUUGCACCUAAGUUGACGUAUGAUUUUCAUCUUAGUGGGUGAUACUCAACGUACUUUAGGGAGGACUUUUGCUCUAAUAGAACAAAGAGGUAAGCAGUACUAAGGAAUUGACUUGAUACUUUUCUAGAAAUUUUCAGAUAAUCAGAAAAGCCAAGCCAUUUUAAGGAAUUCACAUGACUUGCAAUGAAGGGUCCUUCUGCCAGCGUUUCUCUGACUCAGCAUCAGAGAAAGACAGGAACAGUGAUUAACAGUGAUUCAAAAAAAAAAAAAAAGACAAAAAGCAUAGCUUGCCAGAUGUUAAUAUCUCAGAAGAUUAUUAACAAUAACGUGAGAAGGAACACUGACAGAUUUUUGUAAUUUCAAUUCUGUUUUCCUUGCAUAUCUUGAAGCCAUUGCUCUCAGUUUUUAAUUCAAAAUAUUAUUUUCCAAUGGAGUAAUGAGUUGGUGUAAAUUCUUAUGAACUUCCUGUGUAUUGCAACAUCCUGCUGUUUUUUUUUUUUAGUAAGGUAAACCAUGGUACAGAGAACACCUGUUGAUUUACAGGAAUGUAUGAGACAGCUAACUUUUAUAGGUAAUGGUUCAUGCAGUUGAUUUUAAGAGGCUUUGUUUUUUCAAGAGUGCAUCUCAUGAUAUCUUGGUUAUCAGUAUCUGUGAACGUCUUAUUUUUCCAGUUCCUCAAGCCACUGAAAUUAUUUUAGCUGUAAAGCCAGUCUGUUGCUGCUUCAUUCAUUUCAUUUUUUUUAAUGCCAUUAUGAACAUGUGCUCCUUUGCCUCUCCUUCAGCAUCUAGAUUUUUUAAUAAAGGGUUUCUUCCCCCCUCCAGAGAAGGUGUGAUUUCUUUGUGCUUUUUAUUGAACACCUUCAUGCUCUAUUAGUCUUAUCUCUAUGGCCACUAGAAUUUCUGUUCCUUCUUAAGAUGUCUUUCAGCCACUGGAGGGGAAAAAAAAUCUGUCAAACUGGGACAGAGUUAAAUCUAACUCAGGCAAAUAGCACAAGGAAUAGUGCUGAAGAUGGAUCCCAGGCAUGAAAUAAACUAGAUCACCAUUUAAGUAGUAGAAAAAUGCAAAUAUCUCACUCAGUAAAUGAAGCAAAAGAUUGCAGAAAUAAUCAAUCUCUUCUGGUACGUUCACCAGUAGUUUUAUUACUUAACUUCUAAAUAGAUGAGAAUUGAAACAGUGUUCUUCACAGCUCCAUCUUAACAUCUGUUUACAUUGAGAAUCCUGCUGGUAAUAUCUAGAACUUGUUACAGACGCAUAGCAGAGUGAGACACGGUGAAUAAAGACUUAGGAUGACACUAAGAAGCUUUACACCAUUCUGUGCAAUUGCUGAAGAUAACAUGCUGGCUUACAGCUGAAUCAGGCAAUAUCAAGUCAGUUUUAUGAAAAAGGUGAUCAAUUUGUCUUUAAGAUUUAAGAUAGUGUAGAAACUACAGCAGACUGAUGAGUAGUCAAGUUUACUAUAUUUCUAAGUGGAAUAAACUAACUUGUGUUAAUGUUCAGGAAAGUUCACUUAGAAAGUUGUGUUGUAUUAUUAAUUACAUCCUCCUAAGGAUUCAGAUAUUUCUCUAUCAUAAUUGGCUGUCAGAGGAAUGAGUACACACUUGGAAUGCUUUCCAUCUUUAGGAAUGUCUAUAGGGUAAGAGAGUGUCAUUGAAGAAAGCUGCACUGUAAUUACCUGUUACAGUAGCUAUUCAGAUUAGCAAGGGAUUAAUGUUUCUUCUUGGUCUUCUGUGAGCAAUUUAAUCACCUAAAAACAAUGUUCUUUCAAAAUGGCAUCUUAUUUUCAAAAGGCUAAUACCAGGAAGUAGUAGCAAGUACCUAGUUUAAAAUACCAGAGAGGGAAAGAAGAGGUGCGAGGGGAAGGCUGGGAAUUCCAGAGCUACUCUGACAAUAGGUUAGAAGUUUUUUUAGUAACAGAAAGAUUUUUAUGCGUCACUGUAUUUCUAGUUUCAUCUUAUGCAUAUAAGAUGCUGUAGUCAGAAUGAUGACUACAUGAUUGAACCUUCAUUGAUUCUGGUCUUUCUCUUGCAGAGAACAGAGUAUAAAUUGAAAGUUUCAGUAUGAAAAUAUUAUUGUGAGUCUGGUGAGGGAAUUAUUACGCACGAUAGAAAAACUGUUAUAUUUACUUUUCUUAAGUAAAUGUUUUCAAGUGUUGAAGAACUGAAGUCAUUGCUGCUAGAAAUGCAGUGAUUUUGAGUGGGGCAAAUGGUAAAUUGAAUAAGGAUUUGUCCUGUCAGAUGACAAUUACGUUCCAAUAAUGGAUGAUUAAGAUAGUAAUGUAUUGUUCUAACUAUUCUGGCUAACCUCUGCUGCAAUGUUCUGUUGCAAGGUGUCACAGUUCUGUCGUGGUCGUAGAUACAAAGACAGCCAAGAGCUGUUUUAUGUAAGUUAUUGUGUUAUUGCAGAUCCAAGUCCCCAUACUAUUUCCUACAUUAGAGCCAAUUUCUAGCAGAUAAGGAUUAGAAAGUAACAAAAGCAAGAAGGGUGACAAUGUUAUCCAGUUCUGAUGAGUUUUUUUAUGUCAGUGUUGUACUUUCAUUUAGAAAAGGUCAUUGAAAGUUAGAGAACCAUAUAAUUUCUCUCAAAUGCAUGUAUGAAGUGGAAAAAUAUGCUAAAUAGAACAGGUACCAAGCAUCUCCUUCCAGCCUCCUCUAUCCUUCAUCCUCUCUGAUAUUUUCCCCAUUAUGAAGCCCUAAGGAACUGUUGCACAGGGACUGACAAAUGAUUGUUCAUGAGCAUGUGAGAGUUGAGGGCAGGGAUGGUGGCAGGAGGUUCUUUCCUGCUGCCAGUGCUACAGUUGUUUUCUCUGGUCUUUCCCACUCCCCAGAGACUUCCCUCUGUGCUGUGCUCAUAGGCCCUGUACUGUUCUGUCAUACCAUUCUUGCCCUUGCUAGCUAGAUUAAACAGGAUUGCAACUACUCUGUGCUAAGUUGGUAUGUAUUACAGUUACUUUUGGUAAUCUUUUGUUGUUGCCUCAGUGGCUUUUCUUGUGGAAGGAAACAGUUUAAUAGUUUGCUCCUUAAGAAAAGGCUCCUAAUGAAGCUUGUUGCUUUCCAAUAUACAUGUCAUAUCAUACUGUCAUGUAUCAGUAGUUUGUGAAAACCACAGAUUCUUCCAAGUCCUGGGAGCCUUUUGAUAGUUCUACUGCAAGUUUUUUUUCUGAGAUCUUUUUUCAUCACAAAAACCUUUUCAAAAACAUUCUAAAGACUUGUUUACUAUUUUAAUGCAAUGGUAACUGAUAAAUUUACUUUAUCUGCAUGUCAAACUUAAUUACAAAGGCUAAGCUGUUUUUCUCACAAAGAAAAAAAGCUUUUUGUCAGAUUCUUGGUGAUACUAAAGCACUUGCAGAUAGACCUAUAGUCCUGUACCAGAAAGAAGAAUAGCACUCACCCAGCUGGUGAAGCAGAUUGUGGCUGUGCAGCACUCCUUGUCAGCAGCAGCCCAGGUCUAAGAGAUGCUCUCCUUUCAGUGGCUGGCCUUUAUAAUGAGCCCAGGGGCUCCACCUGUGCCCACACCUCCUGGUCAGCUGGGGAGCACAGGUGCAAACAAUCUGCCUGUGCUCCCUGGGCCAGACACACCCCUUCACCAGGUGCUCAAUCACCACUUCAAGUCCUGCCCAAACGGUUCCCCUGCAGUUGUUGAGGUGUUAGAAGUACAAAGGAUGUAAUUCAAUUGUUGAUAAAAUAAUUUUAUCUGAAACAGUUGUCUGAUAUCGUUGUUGCAGUUAAAUCUCUUCCAUGUGUAUUGUGGAACGGUCUGCUAAGGAUGGAGCAAUUAUCAGAUGAAGAGCUUGACCAUGGUGCAGAAGAAGACAGUGAUAAGGAAGAUCAGGAUUUGGACAAGAUGUUUGGGGCCUGGCUAGGAGAACUGGACAAACUCACUCAGAGUUUGGAUUCAGACAAGCCUGUGGCACCAGUGAAGAGAUCACCUCUCCAUCAAGAGACCAACCUUGCCAACUUCUCAUAUCGUUUCUCCAUGUAUAAUUUGAAUGAAGCUCUGAAUCAGGGGGAGACUGUGGAUCUAGAUGCCCUCAUGGCUGAUCUCUGCUCCAUAGAGCAGGAACUCAGCAGCAUUGGGUCUCAUUCAGCAAAUAAUACUGCAGUGAAACGCCUUGCCACAGAAUCCAAAGUUCAGAAACCACCUACUAGCCGUCCUUCUACUAAGCAUGGCAGUAUGAAAGGAUUAUCCUCUUCAUCUGGUAAGGUUACUAAACCAUCACAUGCCAACGUUUCUUUGGAUGACAUCACUGCACAAUUAGAGAAAGCUUCUUUGAGCAUGGAUGAGGCAGCCCAGCAGUCUGUAGCAGAAGAUGCCAAACCAGUAGUUAAUGCCCAGCACAGGAGGACAGCAUCUGCUGGCACAGUGAGUGAUGCUGAGGUGCGCUCAAUCAGUAACUCCUCCCGUUCCAGCAUAACUUCUGCAGCUUCCAGCAUGGACUCUUUGGAUAUCGAUAAGGUGACAAGACCUCAGGAACUGGACUUGACAUCACAAGGGCAACCAAUCACCGAGCACUCCUAUUUGGACAGGGAAACCUCCCUCCUUCUGAGAAACAUUGCAGGAAAGCCUUCUCACUUGCUGACCAAGGAGGAACAGGCUGCUAAACUGAAAGCUGAGAAGAUUAGAGUGGCAUUAGAGAAGAUUAAAGAGGCACAAGUGAAAAAGUUGGUGAUCAGAGUCCACAUGUCUGAUGACAGCUCAAAAACAAUGAUGGUGGAUGAGAGGCAGACAGUGAGACAAGUAUUAGACAAUCUGAUGGACAAGUCACACUGUGGUUAUAGUUUAGACUGGUCAUUGGUGGAAACCAUCUCUGAAUUGCAGAUGGAAAGGAUCUUUGAAGAUCAUGAAAAUUUAGUUGAAAAUCUUCUCAAUUGGACAAGAGACAGUCAAAACAAACUAAUGUUUGUGGAACGCAUAGAGAAAUACGCACUUUUUAAGAAUCCCCAGAACUAUCUUCUGGGGAAAAAAGAAACCUCUGAGAUGGCAGACAGAAAUAAAGAGGUGCUGCUAGAGGAAUGUUUCUGUGGAAGUUCUGUAACUGUGCCAGAAAUUGAAGGAGUUCUGUGGCUGAAAGAAGAUGGUAAGAAGUCUUGGAAGAAACGUUACUUUCUUCUACGAGCUUCAGGAAUCUACUAUGUUCCUAAGGGGAAGGCAAAGGUCUCGCGGGAUCUCGUGUGCUUUCUACAGCUAGAUCAUGUCAAUGUUUACUAUGGACAGGACUAUCGGAAUAAAUACAAAGCUCCCACAGACUACUGCUUAGUGUUGAAGCAUCCUCAGAUCCAGAAGAAAUCCCAGUAUAUCAAGUAUCUUUGCUGUGAUGAUGUAAGAACUCUACACCAAUGGAUCAAUGGUAUCCGCAUUGCUAAGUAUGGGAAGCAACUGUAUAUGAACUAUCAAGAUGCACUAAAGAGAACAGAAUCGGCAUAUGACUGGACUUCCUUGUCUAGCUCCAGUAUCAAGUCAGGCUCCAGCUCGUCUAGUUUGCCAGAAUCUCAAUCAAAUCAUUCUAAUCAGUCUGACAGUGGAGUUUCUGACACCCAGCCAACUGGACACGUCCGUUCCCAAAGUAUUGUCAGCUCCAUGUUCUCUGAGGCCUGGAAGCGAGGCACGCAACUGGAGGAAUCCAGCAAGGCGCGAAUGGAGCCUGCAGGUCGGCCCUUCAUCUCUGUUGCACCUCCUGUGUCCCCACAGACAAAAGUGGUGACCCCCUAUACAGCAUCACAGCCAUCUCCCCCCCUUCCCCCUCCUCCCCCUCCUCCUCCUCCCCCCCCACCUCCUCCUCCUCCUCCCCCACCUCCGCUCCCCAGCCAGGCCGCCCCAUCUGCUGCCUCACCUGCUGCCAUGUUUGUUAAGUACAGCACCAUCACCAGGUUGCAGAAUGCUGCCCAGCACGGUGGGCCUUUUUCCAAGGCCCCUGCUGCUGCGCAGCAGCCCCCCCUGCCCCCUCCGUCCUCUGGCAAGCCUCAGAUACUGGUACCGCCCAAUGGAGUCAUGCCACCUCCCCCCCCUCCUCCUCCUCCCCCCACACCAGGCUCAGCCAUGGCACAGCUGAAGCCGGCACCUGUUGCCCCCUCUGUACCACAGUUCACACCUCCACCGCCCCCUCCCAAAAUCCACCAGGUUCAACCAAAUGUAAGUCAGGCUGCUGCUGCCUCACCGUUGCCACCACCUCCUCCCCCUGUGCCUGCCCCACCACCACCCCAAGCACCCCCAAAGCCUCUCAUGACAGCUCUCCCCCCACAGCCUAGCAGGAAGGCAGCAUCACCGGGGGUCUCGCAUAUCACCCCCCCUGUGCCAGUUCCCUUGCCUCUUGCAAUUAAGAAACAGCCAAGUGUCACAUCUCCCCAGGUGCCUCCGCUGCCCCCGGCCCCUCCAGGCCCCACUCCUCCCCCAACAUUUCCAAAGCAACAGAGUUUUUCUAUGAAGCCUCCCCCAUCACCUCAGUCCCCAGUGCCGUCAGUAGUGAAGCAGAUAGUCAGCCAGUUCCCACCUCCUCCCACCCCACCUGCCACUGAGCCCCAGCCUCUGAAACCCCUUCCAUUGAGUGUGGCUCCCCAGUCACCUCCAGCAGUGAAGGCAAAACCCAAAUGGCAGCCUGCCUCUGCUCCCUCACCGGAUUUCCCACCUCCUCCACCAGAGAGCAGUUUAGUAUUUCCUCCUCCACCUCCUUCCCCAGCUACCUCUGCAGGUUCUCCCCCUCCUGACAAAUCAGGGUCUCCAGUCAAAAAGACCAGCAAGACAUCAAGCCCUGGAGCAAAGAAACCGCCUCCAACACCUCAGCGGAACUCCAGCAUCAAGUCCACCAGCUCCACUGAGUACAAUGAGUCCAAGAGACCUUCGGUGGACCGCCUUGUCAGCAAAUUUGCACACCCACCAGAGCCAUCAGGGUCUCCAUCAAAGGAGUCAUCACCUCCUGUGGCCCCUCCAAAGCCUGGAAAGCUCAAUCUCUCUGGCGUGAGCUUGCCCAUUGUCCUUCCACAGGGAGGGAUCCCGGCCAAGGCUCCUGCUCCAGGUGUAUCUGGGAAGGAACCUAUGGUUGAAUUUCCUUCUCCACCAUCGGAUUCAGACUUUCCACCACCACCACCUGAAAUAGAUCUUCCUCUCCCCCCUGUUGAGAUACCAUCUGUGUUUUCAGGCAGCACUUCUCCAAAAGUUGCUGUGGUCAACCCUCAGCCUCAGGCGUGGUCGAAACCAUCAGUUAAAAAAGCUCCGCCACCCACACGUCCUAAGCGGAAUGACAGCACUCGGCUGACACAGGCAGACGUCGCGGAGUCAUCGGCAACACCUGGCCCCCAAGUGCCCACUUCACCCAAGUCUAGCCUUAGCGUUCAGCCAGGAUUCCUGGCAGACCUCAACCGGACGCUGCAGCGGAAAUCCAUCACCCGGCACGGCUCCCUCUCCUCUGCACGGAUGUCCAGAGCAGAGCCCACUGCCACCAUGGACGACAUGGCCUUGCCGCCGCCCCCACCAGAGCUUCUGGCUGACCAGCAGAAGAUGAGCAGUUUCGGCGGCAGCCAUAUAUCUGGUUAUGCAACACUACGGAGGGGGCCACCCCCCGCGCCUCCCAAAAGGGAUCAGAACACUAAGUUGUCACGGGACUGGUAGUCGGUUACCUGGGGCUGGUGCUCUCCAUGACUUGUGGGCUGCUCUGUGAUCAGCCAACCCGUGAUGUUGUGCACUUGGAGAGAAUGUGGGGACAUGGAUAAUAGCCUUGUCAUAAGAGGUGAUCUCAAACUGUAGCCAAGGCUAAAGAUAGAGACAUUCCCCCUUCAUGGCUAGGCCAAAACAGUUGGGGGCUGGGGUUGUCAGUAUUUUAUUGGGGGAGGUGGGUAGAGAGGCAUUGACUUAACGUUUUCGAUUUCUUUUACCCUUCAUAUGGAUUGGACCAAAAUCCCUUUUUCUUACUUUUUCUGCAUUUGGGGGGAAGAUAAUUUUUUGUAGUGUCUGUCCAUGUGAGACAUGUUUGUGCAUGUAUUAUAAGUGUAGGUAUAUAAUAUAUUGUGAUAUACUUCAUUGCAAUUAUAGAAGAUAACCAGAAUGUUUUUGUAGAUCCGUAUUUAUUGUUUCAGUCGCUAUAUUAUUGGGAAUCAGACUCUGUAACCAGUCCAAUCUGAUUGUAAAGAUGAAACUGUCGGGGGCACUUUAAAGAAAGGAGAAAGGAGAAGAAAAAAAUAGAAGCAGGGAAAAAAAAAAAAAACAACAAUUUGGCAGUUUGUGAUGGGUAAAUGGUGCAGAGUUGAGAUGUUGGUAAUUGCACGUUGGUCAUUGAUGGAAAAA